AGUCAGCUGGCGUUAUUGUUGUGGACUGGUCCCCUGCCCAGGCCCCGGGACACACCGCCUAGAAUCGCCGACAGGAAGACCCAGGAAACUCGACAUCUCAGGAACCCUAGCCACCGUGGAUUGCCCCGGAGUGAUUGGAACCAGCCUUUUGGAAGAACCAAGGAUCUCAGCCCGAGGCUCCAUAGUGUGCGAGCUGUCCGUCGGUUUUAGUCUCUUUUUUUUGGAACCCGAGGCCCCGGUCCCAUUGCUUCUUCUACUCCUGUGGAUUUCUCUUUAUCAGCCGCAAGUCUCGUCAAGUCUUGCCAAAGUUAACGCUGCGCUUUUACCAUUAUGAGCGAGAGCGACAUGGCCCAACCAGAGUUUGCCUACAGAUCUUCCGCCAUGUCCGGCAGUCCUUGGAAUCCUUCGCGAAGUUCCUUUGCCGAACCCCAGUCACAUGGAGGGUUUGACAAUGGCUUUUACCAGACCCCAAGUGCCUCGAGCGUCAACUACUCAGCCAGCUCCUAUAACUUAGCUGGUGGCAUGCCCAUAGGCGCCAAUGGACAUAUGUCGCGCGCCGAGACAGUUUAUUCCGCUGGUCCGGCGUACAAUUCGCGCCCUCCGUCCGGUUCAUACGGCAAGAUAACAGUCGGCCAUGGAUCCUACAAGAGCUCUGGCUCUCAAGGAUGGGACGCCCAAGACAGGUACUCGCCCACCGACUCGGUUGACGACAUCAUUGCGUCGCCCAACCUAUCAGACUACUCCCUGGAGAAUGGGAUGAACGCCGCCACUUCCGGAGGGAAGUCGAAAACGAGCAGCACCAAGAGUCGAUCGCAGCGACGACCCUCGAAUCGAGACGAGUUCGAUGGUCCACACCAGUUCCUGCAGCGUCCGCCUCCCGAUGUGGUUGCAAUGCAGGAGCGAGAACUCCCCCAUCUACCUACGAACCUCCACGUUCAGGAGCAGGAUAAUGUCCUCAGCCAAGUCAACGACCGGCUUUCGCAGUGCGCAUAUGAUUUCGUCGCGAAGUAUCAGUUUCCGAUCCCGUUGACCCAGGACAUGAGACCUGUAGAGCGGCCUCAGGAUCGAGAGUGGACCGAAUGGGUCUACCUCUUGAAGCGGUUGGCGACAAAGCGUCGCAUCCCGGCACGAGUUUUAUACAAUGGGCAAAUUAAGCAGUUUGUCACUAUUCUGGAGAACUCGCUGGAGAUGCGACACGCCGCCAAACACCAAAGCCGCCCUCUCAAGGAUGACCGAAACAUCCUUCAGUUGAUCUCCGCCGGCAUUCAGGUGGCCAAGAUCCUGAAGGAUGCUUCCGCCAUGGACUACCUUGAUAGAUUAUACGUUUCCACGGAGAAGCAGAUCCAAGACCGUUCCGCCUCGCGGUACCGGUCUUGAGACGACAGCCUCCAUAUGAGUCUACACAAUGACUCGACCACGUUUUAUGACAUAUCCUGAUGACAGGAAUGACAACCAGC